AACUCCUCUCCUUGACAUUUAAAGCCUUUUACAAUUCCUAUUGCUUCCCUUCUCAAAUUUCCAACUACCUAACUUACUUGCUAUUUCCCAAACUUCCAUGUUCUAUUUCCUGUACCUGUACCUUGGUUUAGCCUGUGUCACCUGCCUGAAAUGUGCUUCUGCCUUUUAGAAUCUUUACCUUCCAGGCAUAAUUCACUCCCUAUGGGAAAACUUUCCUGAUCCUUCCUUUCUCAUUCCCUUGUGCUCUUAGUUUUCCUCUGACUUUCAUUGUAUUUAUCUUCUCAGAUGUAUCCUCCACACAGAAUGUAAACACUAAGGCUAGGAGGCUUUUUUCAUUUUCUUGUACUUUUCAGUGGUGUAUUUAAUAUAAUGCUUAAUGAAUUGACUCCUGAGUCCCUUCCUUUUAAGCAGUUUUUCCUUAGCAAUCUCCAUCUCCCUCCACCCAACAGAUCAAAAAAUUUCAGUUUACCUCCUCUCUUCCCAUGUAUUCUCAAAGUAACAUUUGUGGCAACUGACUCUAUUGGUAGGAUUUCAUAUUCAAUUCCGAGUAGAAUUGCCACUCAUCACAUUCACCUGACCUUCAGAUACCCGGGAUGGGAAGAAUCGUACUGACCUUUUCUAGGUCUUAAUUUUCCUCCGCCCUAAUUUGCCAAUGAAAGGUGUCUGUGGAAGAGAAAGUGAUUAUCUCCACAAAUAGACCUCUGUGCAACCCUGAGGGGGAAUUGUCAUACACAGAGCAUCAUCAAAAUGACGAUCCACAUAUAUGUCCUUGCGCAACCCUAAGGUAGGUUUCUAGUGCAAGCAAGUACUGUCCCCAUUACUCCUGAAAAAACCUGGGCUGUGAAGUAAAAUGACUUCCCCUGUAGUCACAGAGCUCGUUGGAUUCGGAAGCGGCAUUUGAACUUGUCUUGCCGACUCUUAAGUACAGCCUUCUGUUCCUAAGCCAGGCUGCUCAGCUACAGCCUUGCAGCUACCUUGCAGCAGCCAGAGUUCAGAAACUUUCUAGUCCCUAGGACUGACGUGCACCUUCCUACCUUUCUACUCUGGACUUUCUCAUUUACUCGGCUAGGGAAGGGCCAAUGGCCUCGCAGCCUGUUCUGGGAAUGAGGGGCGGGUGCUAAAGGCAAGAUCCGCCCAACUGGAGGUGGCUCUCCGCCACUCCCGCGCCUGGGUUCAGCACUGGGAGUCCACAGCGCUCCGAAUCCGGUCCUGCCAACACACUCUUUGGUGGUGGGCAGCAUGCCAGCCGGGCACGCAGGCAGCAGCCUCCAACGCCUCCCGCUGUCCCCAACGCGAUGGAGAGGGCUGGCCUCCCGCUCUGCCUCCUGGCACUGCUCUGGCCGUGCCUGCCGCAGGGAAGAACAGGAAGCAUCCCCGAAGCCCUGCUUUUCAUAUCCACUCUGGAUGGGAGUCUGCAUGCUGUUAGCAAGAAAACUGGUGAUAUCCAAUGGACCCUAAAGGAUGAUCCCAUCAUCCAGGGACCUGUCUAUGCCACAGAACCAGCCUUUCUCCCUGACCCUAGUGAUGGCAGUUUGUACAUCUUAGGAGAAGAGAGCAAACAGGGUCUCAUGAAACUCCCCUUCACCAUCCCGGAGCUGGUACAUGCCUCCCCCUGCCGCAGCUCAGAUGGUGUCUUCUACACAGGAAGGAAGCAGGAUACGUGGUUCAUGGUGGACCCCAAGUCAGGCAAGAAACAGACCAUGCUAUCCACAGAGGCGUGGGAUGGGCUCUACCCCUCGGCUCCUCUUCUAUACAUUGGCCGCACACAGUACACAGUCACUAUGUAUGACCCCAGAUCCCAGGCCCUUCGAUGGAAUACUACCUACAGAGGCUACUCUGCACCCCUCCUUGAUCAUUUGCCUGGUUACCAGGUGGGCCAUUUUGCAUGCAGUGGGGAGGGCCUGGUGGUCACUGUGGACAAGGAGAAUGGAACAGUUCUAUGGACACGUGACUAUGGCUCACCUGUAGCCGGUAUUUAUGCCUGGCACCAAGACAGUCUGCACCGGCUACCCCACCUCACCAUGGCCCUGGAUACCCUGCGCUUCCUCACCCUUCGUUCCAAUCAUAUCCGCCUGAGGCGCUGGGCCCAGCCUCCUGGAACAGCAAACAGGGACUUUUCUACUUCCGAGACUCAGUUGCUGCUGACACUGUACGUGGGGAAGCAUGCGGCCAGUUUCUAUGCUUCCAGUGCGCUGGUCCACGCGGGUGUGGCACUAGUGCCCCGGGGAGUCACCCUGGCCCCAGUAAAAGGACCCACCACGGAGGGGGUGACUCUAAGUGACUCAGGAGAGCGUGAGGUCACACCCAGCACAGCUGUCAGAUACCCUCCCGGCAGUAUAACUGCUCUCCACAGCUCAUGGCUUCUCAUUGGCCACCAUGAGCUUCCCCCUGUUCUACACACCACCAUGCUGAGGGUCUUCCCUUCCUCAGAGUCUGGGACAAGGGCUAAGAUCAGCCCCUCCGAUGGUGCCCUACCAGGUCCCCUCUUCCAAGAGCUUCUUAGCCUGAGCCAGGAGGUGACGUGGGGUUUAGAGAGGCUGCCAGAGCCCCAGCCUGAGCAGAGACCCCAAGAUCUGUACCCAGGCUCUGGGUCUAGAGACAUAUUGGUAGCCGGCCUCACCACCCUCCUGCUUGGUGGCUGGAUCAUCUUUCUUCUAUGUCAGUGCAUACAAGAGAAACAUUAUGGUCCAGUGGGAAUUCCAAACCCCUGCCCUUCCCAGGACCUACUUCCUCUACCCCCGGGGGCAGCCUUGAACAACCAAGGAACCUCUUGGAGAUCUACUGCCAUCACUCCAUCCUCCUCCGAUCCCAAACAGCCCACCUGCAAGGUCCAUUCCAGCCAGAGUGCCCCAGAAUCUGGAGAUACUGAAGCCCCAGAUGAAGAGCUCACUGUGGUGGGAAAGAUCUCCUUCAACUCUAAAGACGUACUGGGUCGUGGUACAGGUGGCACCUUUGUAUUCAGGGGCCAGUUUGAAGGGCGAGCAGUAGCUGUGAAACGGCUACUGCGGGAAUGUUUCAGCCUGGUGCAUCGGGAGGUACAGCUGCUCCAGGAGUCGGACUCCCACCCUGGCGUGCUACGUUACUUCUGCACUGAGCGGGGACCCCAGUUCCAUUACAUCGCUUUGGAGCUCUGCACAGCUACCCUAAAGGAGUAUGUUGAAAAUCCUGCUCUGGAUCACUUGGGCCUUGAGCCGGUGGCCCUGUUGUACCAGCUGACAUCUGGCUUGGCCCACCUACACUCUCUGAACAUAGUUCACCGAGACUUGAAGCCCUGUAACAUCCUCAUCACAGCUCCCAACAGCCAGGGCCGGAGCCGAGCUGUCCUCUCUGACUUUGGCCUCUGCAAGAAGCUGCCAGCUGGACGACACACCUUCAGCCUCUGCUCUGGCAUUCCGGGCACCGAGGGCUGGAUGGCCCCAGAGCUCCUACAAGAUGCACCCCCCCAAAGUCCUACCUGUGCCGUGGACAUCUUCUCAGCAGGGUUGGUAUUUUACUACGUUCUCUCAGGUGGGGGGCAUCCAUUUGGGGACAGUCUACACCGACAGGCCAACAUCCUUGCUGGGGCUGUUCAUAUGGACCACUUUGAGGAGGAGACACAUGAAAAGGUAAUCGCCAAAGAACUGGUGGAAGCCAUGUUGAGCCCUCAGCCACAGCUUCGGCCUUCAGCCCAAUCAGUGCUGGCCCAUCCCUUUUUUUGGAGCAGAACCAAGGAGCUUCAAUUCUUCCAGGAUGUCAGUGACCGAGUGGAGAAGGAGGCUGCCGAGGGGCCUUUGGUGACUGCUCUAGAAACUGGAGGGAAGGUCGUGGUCAGACAAAACUGGCACAGUCACAUCUCUGGACCGCUGCAAUCAGACCUGAGAAAGUUCCGAACAUACAAAGGGACAUCUGUUCGUGAUCUUCUGCGGGCCAUGAGAAACAAGAGGCACCACUACCAGGAGCUGCCCACAGAAGUGAGGCAGGCCCUUGGCCAGGUGCCUGAAGAGUUUGUGCAGUACUUCACAUCUCGCUUUCCCCAACUGCUCCUGCACACACACAAAGCCAUGGGCAGCUGUGCGUCCGAGAGUCUUUUCCAGCCCUACUAUAGCACAGAGGGCAUGGGGGAUAAAAAAGACAAGGCCCCAGACUGCAGAGGAAACAGCUGAGCAAAGCCCUGAUGAGAACAGCCCCGUGAAGGACAUCUGCCAAGGAGGGAUGGAGCCAGAGCAGCACACCAGCAUGUGGCCUAACUCCAACAUGCUAAAAACACUAGUUCUGGGGGGUUCUUCCCAGAUCCAAAAUGCAAAGAACUUAACUUCCCUCAGACUGGCUCGGGGGGGAAUUCCUCGUUUAUCUCUGCCUAACUGAGGAGUACCUCCCUGUUGGCUUCCUCUCAGCUCCCGGCAGACUGCCAGAAAGCCCCUUAAAACUCUCAGUGACUUUUCAUCCAAGUUUUAUAAAAUUGUGAGAUAGAGACUAUUAACUCAUUCCAAGGCUCAGAAAGCUACAAUUCAUGUCAAAGAUGAGACUUAAGGAAUUUGGAUCUUCCUGAAUUUCUACCGAAUGUAACGUAUGGUCUCUCAAGAAUCUCUUCUCUCCCAGCAGGGAGGAAGUAAUAGGAGCUGUCAUGGACAUCCUUAAUUGGAUCCCCUGUGCUCCACUUGUGGUCCAGUGGAAUUAUCAAUGACUGGUGUCCAGCUACAAAUAAAACCCUGCCCCACAGCCUAACCCGUGGUGUAGAUGCAGGGGUCCUCAAACUUUUUAAAUAGGGGGCCAGUUCACUGUCCCUCAGACUGU